AUGCGACUGUCCAACAAUCAUGUACCAGCUACAGGGGUUUUUCGAGAUUCUGAAGCUAGGUGGAUCCUUGGGUUUGAACAGAAUAUUGACUAUUGUUCAACACUGCACUCUAAGCUCUGGGCUGUAUUUGAUGGAAUUUCAAUUGUUGUCGAAUAUGGUAUGGAUAACUUAAUAAUAGUGAGUGAUAAUAAGCAGCUGGUUAAUAUGCUUACUCGAGAAACUAAUGAAGCGAUUAACUUUGCUUUAGCCAGAAGGAUUUUGCUGAUGUUAAAGAGAUAUGUAAAGAUGUCAGACAGAUCUGAUGGUGUUGAUAAUGAUGAGGUUAAUAGUAAUAUACCGACCUCUGAUCAAGGGACGAGUAGUAAUAUCUCAAUUCGUCAUAUGAAUACUCUGGCUCAACAACCUCCACCCGCUGUUAUAUCUUCUGUUAUACCCCCUAUUGCACCUCCACCUCCUACUGUGACUGAGCCUAGUUGA